CAAUAAUGCAUUACUAAUGCGAAAUGUCAAAAGUUACCUGUGCUAAAGUCUGCACGAUAUUAGGAUUGCAGAACAAAAUUUAUUUUUUUCCUAUUCUUAUAAAAUAAAUCAUCGUGUAGAUAUUUUAUUUAAAAACAUUAGUCAGCUGCGUGUUUCAGUAAUAUUUGACAGCAAAUUCCAGGUGCAAAGGUUGUCAGAAUUGGAUUUGUUUGUUCCAGAUCAGAAGAAACAAAAUGACUGCAUCUAUUACAUUAACUGAAGCAGUCUAGACAUAGAUAGAAGAAAAGUUUGUCAAUAUGAUAACAGCAGAUGAAACGGACUCGGUUGGCACUUUACCUUCGGAUGGACACCCAGAAGAUGUUGCAGCUUCUGCCACUGAAGAGGCCCCUUCAUCCAUGGUCUCGAGCGAAGCGGAGUCUGAAGGUAGCAUCCUCUCUGAAGCACGACACGACACCUCAGAACAUUACGGCGCCCAAUCUGAUCUAACGAUCGAUCAUGGAGGACUAGACAGAAACUUGGCACAGAACUCCGGGGACUGGCGGAAUGUCAGCAGUGCUGGGACUUCGUACGUGUCCACUAGAGGUUCAAUGUUACCAUGGGGCACUCAGAAAGGACCCGUGAUUCCACCACCUGACUCUGACCUUCGACCCGGAGAAUACGUGAUGAGGUUACUCUUCACAGAAUUCACUGUUCAAGCUGAAAGGAAGAUGGAAGCUGUUAUGGCCGAGCCGUUGGAAAAACCAUUGAACAAGACUCUUCAAAGGGGGGAGGACCCUCAGCUCGACCAGAUACUGUCUGCUUUCGGUACAGUCGCGGAGCAUUGUCUACCUUCGUUGUUACGGGCCUUGUUUGGUUGGCUCGAGAGACAGAUGGCCGACUCGCCGCAGUUGAGCGAACAGGCUAAGAAGCCACAUCAAGAUCUCAGAAACAAGAGCAUAAUCUACAUAGUGUCUGGAAGCGGUGCCGGUACAGAGACCGUGGAAAGAACAUGCGAAGAGCUGCAAGCUGAGCGUCGAGACCUGGCCGUCGAGUUCUUAUUCUGUCUGGCUCUGAUCGAGGUGCUGAAACAGCUUCCCUUCCACCCUGGACACGAGGACCUAGUUCACUAUAUCGAGAAUGUUGCUUUCAAGAGAUUCAAUUAUAAAGAAGGAUUACAAUCGAACCCGAAUGCGGCAAACGCCCACAUCAUUGCCGAUUUGUAUGCGGAAGUGAUCGGGGUACUGGCGCAAUCUCGAUUCGCAUCCGUAAGGAAGAGGUUCACGGCCGAACUGAAGGAAUUGAAAAACCGUGAGCCGUCCCCUCAUACAACACAAAGUAUAAUAUCAUUACUGAUGGGUAUGAAGUUCUUCCGGGUGAAAAUGGUGCCCAUCGAAGAGUUCGAGGCCUCGUUUCAAUUCCUCCAGGAGUGCGCUCAGUACUUUCUCGAAGUCAAAGACAAAGACAUCCGACAUGCCCUGGCCGGGCUGUUCGUUGAAAUACUUGUUCCCGUUGCUGCUACGGUGAAGAAUGAAGUGAACGUACCAUGCCUGAAGAACUUCGUGGAGAUGUUGUACAGUCACACGCUGGACGCCAGCACCAAGUCCAAGCACAGGCUGGCACUGUUCCCGCUCGUCACCUGCCUGCUCUGCGUCUCCCAGAAGCAGUUCUUCCUGGCGAACUGGCACUGCUUUCUUGCCAUGUGCUUAUCGCAUUUGAAGAACAGAGAUCCUAAAAUGUGCCGUGUGGCUCUUGAGUCGUUAUACCGUUUGCUAUGGGUAUACAUGAUAAGGAUCAAAUGUGAAAGUAACUCGGCAACCCAAUCGCGACUGCAAAGCAUCGUCAACUCGUUGUUCCCGAAAGGAUCCAAGGGCGUUGUGCCACGCGACACUCCACUGAACAUAUUCGUCAAAAUCAUCCAGUUCAUUGCCCAGGAAAGACUCGAUUUCGCAAUGCGUGAGAUUGUUUUCGAUUUGCUAAUGGUAGGAAGGCCUAUCAAGAUUAUAUUGACCCCCGAGCGAAUGUCGAUCGGUCUGCGAGCUUUCUUGGUUGUAGCUGAUAGCUUACAGCAGAAAGAAGGCGAACCUCCCAUGCCUCGAACGUCCGGUACAUUACCUUCAGGCAACACUCUGAGAGUAAAGAAAACUUUUCUAAAUAAGAUGCUAACCGAUGAAACAGCGCGCUCUAUAGGUAUGAGUGCGUAUUUCCCGUACGUCAGGAGGGUAUUAGUGGAAAUACUAAGGGCUCUAGAUGCUCAUUACGGAAGACCGUUGAUGCUAACGAAUACACAGAACGUGACUAAAGAGCAAGAAAUCAAUACCGGUGAAAGGAAACCAAGGAUUGAUUUGUUCAGGACCUGUGUUGCGGCGAUCCCAAGGUUGAUUCCAGAAGGCAUGAGUCCCAACGAACUAGUAGACUUGCUUUGUCGUCUUACUGUUCACAUGGACGAGGAACUUCGAGGCCUCUCAUUUCAGAGUCUCCAGACUCUGAUCGUAGAUUUUCCGGAAUGGCGUCAAGAUGUUCUGGCUGGUUUUACGCAGUUCUUAGCUAAGGAAGUUCAAGACACAACACCUCAACUAGUGGAAAACGGUCUCCGCAUGUUGCUGCAACUGGUGACGAGCUGGAAGAACGGCGAGCCGACUGUCACUGUAGCUCCUGCGAAGACUGAGCCCCUGGUGUCCGUGGUCAGAGGAGCCGAAGCUCUCGGGCUGGUGAUGCUGUGCCAGUGUAGAGCUUACCCGCGGAGGCUAGCUGUCCAUGUUCUAAGAGAAACGAAAUGCCUCCUCGAGAAGCUCCAGCUGACGCGCGACGAGCCCGCCCUCAUCGACGCGGCAGACGCUCACGUUCCAUACUUCGCGGAGAAGUGUCUGCCGCUACUGCCGCCAGCUGAGAAACAAGCGAUAUUAGCAGCCGCCCAACCGGACCUCGUCUGGAUAGCUGAACGUAGCCACGCCGUUUGGACUGCAGGUAUCCAACAUGAUGAGACUUCAACAAAGAACAGCUGGAGUGGAGGAAGUUCGUCUAACGGAGCUGAUCCUUGGGAGGUUGUGUUGUUCGGUUUAUUGGAGCGCGGCCGCGUGCCGGCUCGGUGUCCCUCCACCGUACUGCAGGCGUGGCCGAUCCUGCACGCGAGGAUACACGCGCUCUUCACCAUCAUCGAACCAGCACCAGUCAAUGAUAACCGUGCAUCUUUAUUGUCACGAGGACCUGCUCUACCCAGAAAACCUGAGAAAGAACGAGACGGUUAUAUGCAAGUAUGGAAAUAUUACAUGACAAUGGCGUACUUGGUGGUGCCGGCGAUACCGAGUCCGGUAAUAAGAUGUGCCAGCCCCGACCUCAGCCUUAGUUGCGCGGAAGCUGAAGGUUGGGGCGGGCUGCCCACGCUGAGCUCGUCCAGUGAGAGCCUCAACGCCUCCGGAGGGUUCUUCACGCUGCCAUUGAGCUAUGCGCGUGCGCACAGACAACACAAACGAACGAGCUCGUCGCCGGACUCGCUGAGCGAGCGCAGCGGCGGGGACGGUCGCGGGGCUCAGGCGUCGCCGGGCUCCCUGCAUAAACUGGCCGUGCCGCUCGCCCGGUGCGAAGUACCGGAAGUCAGGGACGCAGCGAUUUCGGCCUGCGGGAACAUCAACCCUGAUGCAUUCAAAGAUCUAAUGGAAGAAUUAUUGCCACUACUACGAGAAGCGGUGGAUCGCAAGCAAGAGAAUAUGAGACGUCGUCGUCGACGCGACGCGUUGCGUCUUAAUCUAAACAAGAUGCUAUUGUUGAUAGCUCAGAAGAAGACAUUCGCUAACAGUGCAUCAGCAUUAGAAAACGGUGGUCUCCACACAAACAUCGCGGAGUAUCUGGACGGCGUCCGCCAGUGCUUCGAGGCGGAGGCGGAAAAGGACGCGCCGGCCGCCAGGGAACAACGGAUCACCUUCGCUGAUUUUGUCACCGAACUCAUAAAGAGUUUCCCUUUGGAAAUGUAUGCGUCGUUGAUGAAGAAGGAACUCUGCAAAAGUCUGUUUUCGUUGUUCAGCGGCUGGUGCGGCCCGCUGGCUAAACACCUUGGCUCUUUGGUACCACAAAUCACAGCACAAGAAGUCGAUGAGAGAUUGAAUUUAUCUGCGCUUCGAGCAAUGAGUGCAUUAGUUUGCUGCGGGCCUUGUUUCGCCCCCGCCGCACUCGCAGAGGACGGAACCCUGUACCCGUGGCUCAGUGAGAUGCUGUCCUCUACCAGCGACAAGGUUUACGAAUUAGCCCGGGAAACGAUUGUACUCCUUCUCGAUUGCAAUCCCGACAUCGGGCCCCUGCUGGACUGGACCGUCGAUAAAUGCUUCACCGGCACUUCGAGGGUCGCCGAUGGUUGUUUCAUGGCACUCGCCACGAUUUUCAGCACCAGGGAGUACCCGUGCGAUCACUAUACUGCUAUUAUCAACGUGACCCUCAUGUGCACUGGCUGCCCCCGAGCCCCGGUACACGAAAGCGCCUUGCAGCUGCUGCAGCUCCUCGACAAACGAUUCUUCGGUUCCGUUGGUCCGCUGCCGACUGACGAAGACAACGGCUCGGAGAAGGGUCGAGGAACAUUGGAUGCGCUUCUUUGCACAACCUACUGCAGGUCCCAGCUAUAUCUAUCUAGGCAACUAUCCCAACUACACCCUGAGCUCACCAUGCCCAUGUUCUCCGAGAUAACGGCGCGCUUCCAGACCGCUCGUACUGAAGUCCGUCAGCUCCUCCUGCAGUACCUCUUGCCUUGGCUGGUGAACAUUGAACUGGUCGACCCCAACGUGCCCCCGGCCAACCCGCUAUCCUAUAUACAGUACUACACGACGGACGGCGGUCGCAGUAGUCGCCGGGAAGGUCUGGGCUCCGCUGAAGCUACCGAAAUGGUUUUGAAUAACCUCUUCUACAUAACAGCCAAGUUUUCGGACAAUCACCCCAAAGAAAUCGAAGAGCUGUGGUCGACGUUAUGCGCCUGUUGGCCGAACAACCUAAAGGUCAUCAUCAGAUAUUUGAUCAUCGUCUCCGGAAUGGCACCCAACGAACUUUUACCAUAUGCGAAACGCGUUGUCUUAUAUCUGGCCCGACCCCGGCCCGAGCGACUUCUUGAUGAGAUGAUGACGGAACUGCAGACAGUCGAGACUUUGAACUGUCUCAUCGAGCGCACGGAGACUCCGCCCUUCUACAGGCUCACAUCCAUGCGCAAGGCCACGUCGGGACACAGCGACGGACCCGGCACCGGCUCGCAGGACGCAACCGGUCGGACAGGUGAACUGGCGCCAGUCGAGAAAGGAACCAUCCACACGAAGAGGCAUAGCGGUGAAGAUCCCGCCAAAGCAAGUGGAGCUAAGGCACCGGACACGCCCAACCCGAGACAGGACAAGCGGUCGUCAAACCCGCCGUGCUCAACGCCGCCCGCCCUGGAAGACGUUCCGCCGCCCUCUGAUGGUGACGCCACCCCAACUGGCUUCGGUCCGGAUUUAAGCGCUACGCCCCUUCAGGGCAGCGCUCCUUCGACGCCCCAGGAGGCGCGCGUGGACGUGCCCCAGCCGCGACCCCUCCCGAUGCCGGAGUACGGCGGCUUCUUUGCUCUCCUCACCGAGUACUUGCCGGACAGCAACCAACCGAUCUCCGGCUUCCACCGGUGCAACGUGGCGGUCAUGCUGCUCUGUGACGUCGUCCUCGACGGAGUCGAGAUAGACUGGUCUAUUCAUGUUCCGCUGAUGCUACACAUAGUGUUCCUCGGGAUGGACCACACAAGGUGGAUAGUUCACCAGCAUUGCCGGCAGCUGCUACUGAACCUGCUGGUGGCGGUGGCCGCCCACCACGACCACCUGACGGUAGCGAAGACGCUGCUGGCGAGCCGGUCCGCUCAGCUGGGGCUCGGUACUCCGCCUACGCUGCCCAUUGUUCAACACAACUUCACCGAGCCUGAUGCGUCGUUUGAUAAGCAGCCCCAAUGCGCGCACUCGCCGAGGUCGCACGUCCGGUCCCUCAGCUCAGACCCUCAAACCACACCCGAAGGUGAAACCGAUAACUUCCCGUCUCUCCCGGUGAUCAUAACCGGCGAGGCGGACGCGGACCCGAUCCCGGAACACCCCGAGCCGGAGCCGGCCGAGAUGCCGAUCGCUGACGUCAUCAAGUCAUUGGUGCACUUCUUGGCGAAUCGACCCACCCACAUGCCGCUCUGGCAGUAUGAGGACAUUACCGCUAAAGUAUGGACACUCCGGAGCUGUCAACAGAUGCAGACCCUGGUGGGGCACGUGCUGCGAGUGUUCCGCGAGUCCCUGCCGCACGCGCUGGUGUCGGAGCGCUGGGCGCAGACCGCCCUGCAGCUCGGCCUGUCCUGUCCGUCGCGACACUACGCAGGACGAUCCCUGCAGGUGUUCCGGUUCAUCGGUGUAGCGAUGACGGGCCGAAUGGUCUCCGACAUUCUCUCUCGUCUGGUGGAGACUGUUGCCGAGCAGGGAGAAGAUAUGCAGGGCUACGUCACGGAACUCCUUCUCACUCUGGAGGCGGCUGUUGAUUCGCUCGAGUCAAACUUUAGGCCCCUGGACUACAUGAGAGAUAUAUUCAAAUCGACGCCAAAUUUGAAUAAUAAGGAGGGACAGCAACCUAACGGCGCUACGUACCCUGCAGUGAUACCAGGCAAGCGUUCUCCCGGCGUGUGCGUGGGGUGCGUGAACAAUCACACGAGGAGCACGAGCUACUCCGUGUCCUACUGCAUCAGGAAGAGCAACGUGCAGGCUUCCGGAUCUGACAAGCAGCACGAACGCGGCCGCGUGUGUCCUGAGGCCGGUAAAGGCGCCUGCUCCAACCUGUGCCGGUCGAGAUCAGCGCAGUCACUGAAGCUGCUCGGCGACACCGCCACGCAGGAUGAUAAAUUGACGAUCCUCGCGACAUUAUUCUGGGUCGGAGCCUCCCUGUUGGAGAGCGACUAUGAACACGAGUUCUUGCUAGGAGUCAGGUUGCUGUCCAGAGUCAUGUGCCGGUUGCCGUUAGAUAGACCCGACGCUAGAGAGAGGCUGGAUCGCACUCAAGCUCACACAUCCCCAUCGCUGCAUGCCCUGCUUCUAAAGGGCUGCACUCAUCCCAACACGUACGAGCCUGUGGUCGGAGUACUAGCCGACAUGAUCCCACUACUGGAGCUGCCCGUCAUCGAUCCCACACAAUCCGUGGCCUUCCCGAUGACGGUAGUAGCUCUUCUGCCGUACAUGUUGCUGCACUAUGAAGACGCCAAUCAGCUGUGCGUCAGAGCGGCCUGCCAUAUAGCACAGUUUACAUCAGAGAAGAGUAAGAAACUAGAGAACUUGGGAACGGUGAUGACUCUAUACUCGCGUCGCACCUUCAGCAAGGAGAGCUUCCAGUGGACCAAGUGUGUCGUCAAAUAUCUGUGGGACACAUAUUCUCAUCUCUCGCUGCAGAUGCUGGCCUUUCUAGUGGAAGUACUCGAAAAGGGUUCGACCAGCCUGCAGCUACCGGUGCUCUCGAUCCUGCACUGCAUGCUGUACUACGUGGAUCUGAACGCGGCGCCAGCUCAGCCGGUCAACACGGACCUGCUGCGAGCCGUCGCCAAGUUUAUCGAUCAAGAAGGAAACAACUACAGGGAGGCGAUGAAGAUAUUGAAGUUGGUUGUGACCCGUUGCUCCACGCUGGUGGUGCCGCCGUCCUGGGAGAGCACCGCGUCCUCGCUGCUCGACGCCGAGAUACACGGGAAGAAGGAGCUACCGGGACGAACCAUGGAUUUCACAUUUGAUCUGUCCCAAACGCCCGUAAUCGGCAGGAAGUACCUACCGAAGGCCGGCAGUCAACCAGCCACCGGACCCAGCUCUCUAUCAAAUGCCUCCAGCACUACUCCAGACAAAGGCUCGUCAGCAUCGCGCUCGGGCUGCGCGUCCACCGUGGUCGGUCCCGAGACCAGCACGUCACCGCGACGGUCGCUGUCACUGUCAUUAUCACCGGCCGACGCUCUGCUCUCCGGCUGGAAGAGACCUUGGAUGUCUCAGAGUCGUGUUCGUGAAUGCCUGGUGAACUUGCUAACGACAUGCGGGCAACGCGUGGGUCUACCCAAGAGUCCUUCUGUGAUAUUCAGCCAAAGCUCGGAGUUGUUAGAGCGGGAAUCUUCUAUGGCGUCAUCGCUUGAGGAGGUGUCUGGUACUCCUGGAAAUGAGCCCUCAGGUGGAGCUCCCCCCACUGAUCAUUUUGGUGUCUUCAAGGAUUUUGAUUUUCUCGAAUAUGAAAGCGAGAGUAUAGAGGGUGAAAGCUCAGAUAAUUUCAACUGGGGUGUCCGUCGGAGGCCACUAAGCGAAGAGCGAGAUGAAGUCCAAAUCCCUGAGAGGAGUCCUCCACCGCAGCAGCCGAGACCUCCUGAACUCCAGCAGAUCACCAAACCUGCUGGCCAUGAUGACUCGUCCGAUGAGGAAGCAGGGUGGGAGGAGGGGGCCACCCACGUGAGGAGCGAGGCAGACAUGGCGACGCAACACGACAUAUCACUGAGGCCUAGAACACAUUCGUUCUCAAGCGCCUCCAGCGGAGAUCCUGACGGUAGAGUGUAUUUAGGCGACCGCGGCGACGUGACCCCGGUGCCGGGCGCGGGCCCGGUGAUGCGCGACGCGUGGCGCGCCUCCGUGGCCGCCCUCGUGCGCCACUCCGCGCACAUGCAGCCCCUGGCCCUCAUACACCGCCUGCACACCGUGCUCAAGGAAGUAACAUCGAAGACGAUCUCCCUGUGCUCGGACACGCCCUACACGAGCAUCGGCUCGGCGGAGCUGUUCGCUGUACUGGAGAGGCUGAGCGCCGAAGAGCCGCCGCUCAUCUGGGUGGGCCCCGGCGCCGCGGACUGCGCGAGGAUCAGGGACGUCGUGCGCUACGCGUCCCUAGAGAUCAACGAGCAUCUCGAAACUUAUUUCGAUAGACGGGAACACGCUCUCGAGACGCUGGAGCUGCCGAGGAGUUCGAGUGAGGAGAUGGGCCGAUGCCUCUACAAGCUGGUGUUCCAACUCCUGCUGCUGCUGGAGACCAACAACAAGAUCAUUGUUGCCGUCUACCACGCCUCUCUGGACAAUGGAGGCGUGGAGAUGAGCGGUGCCGUGUGCGCGGUGCGUAACGCGCUGAUCGCCGGCCACAGCGACUCCUGGGCCGAGCACACCCCCGGCCCGCACGACGACGCCAAGCUGUGGCAGCUCAUGCAGUGGCAGAAAUGGGGCGUUGCCCUGGCCCUCGUUCGGGAGCGCAACGCCGAGACGAUCCUGGAGCGCGGAGAGAUUCCCGAGGAUGACGUCACCAGCCUGCUGCACGUCUACUGCAGGGGCUUAGCGCAGGCACAUCCAGAUAUGGUCGCUAUAACGCGGCCCGUGAACGAUUUAUCCCAGAAUUUGUCCUUUAUGAUGGAGAGCCUGUACAAGGUGUCCGUGGCCCUCCAGCGGCAGGAGUUCGGCUGAUGAUUGAGGAGUCGCCGUUCGAUGACGCGACGAACAAGCAACACACGCCACAAUAGCCGCAUCUAAUUGUCACCUCGCAGCGCCUCGUCAUGACAUAUCCCGCUAAUAGCUUACUUAAUUACUUACUUCAAUGUUGUUCAUGUAUUUUAAUAGCAUGCUCUAGAAAUGCACGUACGUAAUUUGUCCGAAAUUAAUUCGCUUUCAUCGAAAGUUUUAGCGUAAAACUAAACGUUAGAAAUUGAGAAUUAAAUUUUGUAAAAUCUUCAAUGACUUAAACAAUAAACUGGUAAGUAAAAGAACAUAAGAUAAUAUUAACCGUAAUAGUACCGUUGAAAAAUUCAUUUAUUGUGAAUUUAAUUAUUUUUUUUCGUAAUCUUCAGCAGAGUUAUAGUGGUUCUGUUUUAAAAUUAUUUAAAACAUUACCUUAAAAUAUUUACUGGAACAUAAAAUUGUUUGCAGACUAUGAUCCGCUUACCCCGAUAUUGUUGUAUUAAUAAUGCGAAUGAUUCUCAGAUUAUUUUUUAGUAAAUAUCAAACUUCAAGGAACAUCGCGAUUCUGUUGCACUUUUAUUGUGAAACGCGAUUCGAUUUGGCUUAUAUUAGAUUUAAAUGCACUUUAAGUACGCAGAUUAAGAAUAAUGAAUAUUAAAUAUAGUAUAAAAACAGUAUUACAACUCUGUACAGAGUCGUGUAUUUGAUAGCGUUUAGAUAAUAUCGAACCAAACAGGGUGGGAGAAUUAUGAAGGACUAGUGGAAGAUUAUAAAAUUACAAAUCAAAAUUUAAAUGAAUUUAAGAUUUUUAGAGUUUAGAUAUCGGAGGCCCAACAUCGGAUGCCUGUUCACGCAGCCAAUGUAUGUAUUUGUGCGCGAGCAGAGCGUCACAGUACGGUCGACUGAGCAAACUAUUGAGCACUCACGUAAGCAGAUGCUGUUUUGCUAACAGUACAUACCGUGUGUAGUUUGUUUCUGAUCUCAUGUAGUGAGUAAUGAUGUGUGCGUUGGAGCCCCUCCCAUCCCGUCAGCUCCUGAUGCGGAGGGGAAACGCUUGUCAGACUCCUAGCAAAGUGUCUAUUUAGUUUUUAUCAAAUAUCAAAAUAGAAGAUCAAUAUGUUUUUCUUUCUUCAUUAAAUUCUCGUGCAAAGUGCACUUUCUGCUUUUUUUAGUGUUAUAGACUAUAGUCCCACAGUGGCAUGAUUUUUUGUAACCGUCUUUAAAUUUAAUUUUGCUCUGAAAUUUGCGAUCCGAAGUGAACUACAGUAAUUAUUAUAAUUUAAAACAAAUCAAUAUAUUCAAUUCAUUCAUUCAUCAAUUAAAGUUCUGAAAAUUCGGAAAGGCAUACUUUUUUGAGUGAGUAUUCGUAAAGACGAAUAUAUUCUUUGAAACAUAAAAUACAUAAUUACGGAACGAAGCCCCGUUGUAAAGUAACUGCCUACACCAUGCACACUAAGGGUAAAAGCUGGAUAGAUUUCAAGGAAAAUAAAAUUUAUUUGUAUGUUUCAAAAUUGUUCGCAUACUUCGGAAAUUUGCGAUGAAAUAUCCAUUGUACUAAAAUUAUAUAAUCGAUUCGUUUAAUGAAAACUCAUAUCUACACUAAAAUUAGUUUGUCGAAAACAAACUAACUUUACUUAUUCAUUAGAUACAAAAAAUACUGUAAAUUCUUCAACUCAUUUGUUACACUAAUAAUAAAAAAGUCUCUUAUGAAACUUAUAUCAGAUUUUAAAUAUAUCUUUAUGCAAUAAAUUUUUAAUAGAUAGUUAAUUUAAAAUAUUUGAACAAAUAAAGUACCUAUUCAAUUAUAACUGCUCACUCAAUUCUCAUUGAGUAUAAACUAGUAAAAUUACCUAACACUCAAGCUUAUUAUAACUUAAGUAAAUAAAUAUUAUCACCUAAGAUAGUAUAUUUCUUGCACAUAUUACGAGUAUAUAUUUUCUUAGAAUACAAACUGUUUAUAAAAAUGAUGAAUUAUUUUUGUUAAACUCAGGAUUUCUAACAUUAAUCAAUUUAUCUUUCUAUCGACAUAUACAUUGAAUUAUCAGUUUUCCUUAAAAUCUACAUGUAAUAUUUAUUACCAAUUAAUUUAAUUUUCUAUAUUAUUUUGCUCUAUUAGAAAAGAACUCGUGCUUCUAACGAUUUUCUAAUUUGAAAAUCGUAACAAAAUGGAAUAACUCUUGAGUUUGAUCUUUAUAUUUAAUAGUAAAUAUGUCUGUAUAGUCGAAUGCUUUUCAGCAGUAGCACGCCGAGCUCCGUUUCUUUAGAGGUUGCGAUCAAAGAGGCUUUGUAUGUAAGUUAAUUAAACAUCGUAAUGAAUAUAUUUUAAGUCGGAUCUGAAGUGAUUAUACGUCGCCGCGUCGGUUUGACGAUUCAUGUACCUUUCUGUUACCAAAAAAAAAAAAACGGAGCUCCAUUUUAGUUUUACUAAUACUUGUAACCAAUUGUAAAUGUAUUUAAAUUAAUAAAUGAACAGAAAUAA